UUUUAGUAAUCGACCAUUCAAUGGCUUCAACGCAAUCAAAUAUGUCAGCCAACGUAGUCUCAGGUACAUAUUCCAAGAUCACCCAAUUUCCGCAUUCAGCAUUCCUAGCUAUACACAUUUAUACAUGCGGUGCGUCCAUAUUGAAUCAAGCUCUUCUACUGACUGCAGCGCAUUGCGUCUAUGAACAUACAGACCCAGAAAAAUAUAUUGCGUUUGUGGGACACAAUGUAAGACAAAAAGGUAGAAAAUUCGGAGUUUUAAACUUUCGAAUCCAUGAAAAUUACCAUAGCAAGCAUAUUUGGAACGAUAUAGCUUUAUUGAGGUUGAAGAAGGAUCUAAAAUUUGGAAGGAACGUCGCUAGAGUACUUUUAGUACCGGAUCCACCUUACGAUGAGAGGGCAUCCGUUGCUGGUUGGGGUGUAACAGAGGUUGGUGGUAGCUCUAUCAGCGAUUUCCUCAUGCACGUCCGUCAGAAGGUCUAUAAGCGCAAAGCCUGUGCCCUUAUUGGCUUAAAACGUGUGCCUCGAGGCACCAUCUGUGGAGAGCAUAAACACAAAAAGGGGCACCCAGAGGAAGGCGACUCAGGCAGCGCUUUAGUAGUCCGUGGUUAUAUUCAGAUCGGAAUUGUGUCUUUCAAUAGACCAGACGUGUCUACAACAAACACGGUUUACACGGAUACGGGUUACUUCUACAAAUGGAUUAAAGAAAAUGCGAGAAAAUUGUAUUGCAGUGAAUGGAAUGAAACAUUGUAUCUAUAG